AUGCGUCGUGCUCUAGACCAAUACAAGUUAUUGGAUAGAUUUCUACAGGGCCCAUUAGGACAUUUCUUGAAGAUGUCUUUGUCCCUCCAUUUGACUGCACCACAAUUGAUAUAUCAUGUUCUACUUAGGGAGGUGACAUUUCUGGGUGUCCGCCAUGAUGAGAUGUGGUUCGAGAUUAGCGGCACACCAUACAGGUAUGGGAUGCAAGAGUUCAUACUUAUUAGUGGACUCCGAUUUGGGGCUAUUGAUAGGGAAAGCCUUGAAUUGAAACCUAUUGAGCCGGAGAGUUUACAUGCUCGACUAUUUUCACAACAUAAGAAAUGGGUGACUGGAGACGACAUUGAAUUACUUAUUAGUACCAGAGAGGACAUGGUUUCAGAGGAUGCCCUGAAACUGAUUUACAUUACUGUGGUCGACAUGUUUUUGUUGGGCCAAGAUGAGCGCGGGCAUGUGGAUGAUUUCUUGUGGACUAUGGCCGAGGAUUUACACGCAUUUAAGACGUUCCCUUGGGGUACGUAUGUCUACAGUAAGAGUCAACAUUACAUCCGGUUGGCCAGGAAAGAAAGAAAAUUGACUAGUAAAGGUGGGAAGAAAAUCAACCUUUAUGGUUUUGUAUGGGAGUUUAAGAUCACCGAGAUGCUGAAACAAACUCUAGAUAUGUUGCGAAGAAUAGAUGGGGAAAUGAGUCAGGCAUCUAUAGUAAGAUUUUGGGAACAGGAGUACGAGGGCAACAUGAGGGUUUUUGCGUCUUCUAUCGUAUCUGUCCUGGAAGAGUGGACCGGUUUCAUCGACGGGCACACUAACGGGAGUCUCCCUUGGUGGACGGUCGAUUAUAUUUGCUUAAAAGAUAGGAGAGUUGUCAUAUAUGAUUCCAAUGCCAUGAAUGAAGAAAAUCGUAGGAGCAGGGCUGAAUCUAUUCAACCACUUGUGAGCUUGUUACCCAUUCUACUAAAGAAAGCUGCAUAUUAUGAACAUGUAACUGCAACUGCGACACUAGACAGAGAUUGGGAAGUGGAGAAUACUGAUCCUCAGAAGUUGCCUCAACAACCAGAUGGGGCCAGCUGCGGGUGCUACGUUAUCAAAUACGUUGAGGACAUAUUGAGGCAUAAUGAAGAUCACUGGCAGAUGCACCCGACUGUGGAUGUCCGUACCCUCUGGAGACAGAUUGGAAUAUUUUUGUAUAGACAUAGCACGUGUUAUUGA